AUGUCCUCCAAAGUCAUUCCCAACCUCAUCGGCAGCACACCGGCCAAAGUGACCGCGACCUUCGACGUCGUGCACCCCACCGAGGGGGUAGUGCACUCUGUGCAGCGCUCGACGUCGGCCGACAUCGAAGCAGCCAUCGCGACGGCGCAUGCUGCGCUGCCUUCGUGGCGCGACACCCCGCUUGCCGAGCGCAAGGCGAUCGUCCUCCGUGCCGCCGACCUGCUCACCGACCCGAACGAGACGUGGGCCCAGCGCCUGAUUGACGCCAACGUCGCCGAGACGAGCUCCAGCGUCGGCUGGGCCCAGGGGCUCACGGGCAACACGCACAACUUUAUGCGCGCGCUCGUCGAGGUCGCCGACGAGGCGCUCGCGCCGUUCGAGAUCAAGACGAACGACUCGCUGUGCAUCCUCACCCGCGAGCCCUACGGCGUCUGCCUCGCCAUGGCGGCAUGGAAUGCCGUCCAGAUCCUCACGAUGCGCUCGACCAUCACCCCGCUCCUGGCCGGCAACACGGUCGUGUUCAAGACGUCCGAGACGACGCCGUACGUCCAGCAGAUCUGGGCAGAGCUGCUGUACGCCGCCGGCCUGCCGCGCGACGCGCUGACCGUGGUCCAUGUGGCUACGGAGGACGCGCCGGCGCUCACGGAGCAGCUGGUUUCUGACAAGCGGAUUCGCCAUGUCAACUUCACCGGCUCGACCCGCGUCGGCUCCAUCAUCGCCGGGCUCGCGGGCCAGAACCUCAAGCCGGUGGUCAUGGAGCUGGGCGGCAAGUCUGGCCUCCUGCUGCUCCCCGACGCCGACAUUGAGAUCGCCGCGAGCCACAUCAUCGCCGGCGCGUUCCUCAACGCCGGGCAGAUCUGCAUGUCGACGGAGCGCGUGUUUGUGACCGCGUCGCGGUACGACGAGCUCGUUGCCGCUCUGCGCAAGGAUUGGGCGGGUUACGAGAAGAAGCAGGCGCACGCGCUGUUCACGGCCCGCUCGGCGGAGCGCGUCAAGGACCUCGUGGCGGACGCGUACGCGCACGGCGCGGCCGACCUCAUCGCCGAGGAGCGCACGGCGAACGGGCGCGGCGGCAACUCGCUCUACCCCACUAUCCUGUCGCCGAUCGACAAGAGCAUGCGCCUGUACACCGAGGAGUCGUUCGGCCCGACGCUCGCGAUUGUCGUCAUCCCGGACGAGGGCCGCUCCGAGGCCGAAGUGCUCGACGACAUGGUCGCGCAGGCCAACGACACCGAGUACGGACUGUCCUCGUCCGUGUGGGGCCGGGACACGGCGCGCGCGGCACAGGUCGCCGGGCGCAUCGAGUGCGGCGCGAUCCACAUCAACGGCAAGACGCCCGCCGACCCGCCCCCCGUGCCGCACGGCGGCUGGAAGAACUCUGGCUGGGGGCGGUUCAACGGCGUCGAGGGCCUGAGGCACUUUACUCACACGCGCACGAUUGAGAUCCCGGACGAGCACCCCGGCCCGCUCAACCUCAACGGCAUGGACUUGUAGCCCGCCAGCGCGAGCACAAUGCAGUCGCAGAGAGAAGUG